CGGGCGGUACGUUAAUGUUGUUGAUGUUCCGGCGCAGGGAGUUGGGUUUCUUUCUCCGGCUGAGUGAGAGGCUGAACUUUCCAGGCCGCCUCCUGCCCCGCCGGGCCCGGCCCCUCGCAGGGGGAGGCGGCAGGCGGAGGGGGCCGAGCCGAGGGGAGGGGGCAGAGGCAAGCGGGCGUCUCCUGCCCAUGAGGGCCUGAUGGAAAACACAAAGGACCUGAGUCUCCCCUCUUGUGUGAAAACCCCUGGGGAAGAGGCUAUGGACAAAACCAUUGGCACACAGCAGAAACUGGCUUCAGACAAAAUGCUGUCAUACAUAGCAAAUGAAGAGACAGGAAAAAACAUUUCUGUAAUUUUCCAGCAGAGAUUUUACUUAUAAUAAGAGUGGAAGGCACAUUUCCAGAUAGAGACAGAACAUACUUCACGAGCAGAAAGGAAAAGACGCGAUUCAUUCGGGAUGUUUGACGGUUAUGAUAGUUGUAGUGAGGACACGAGCAGCAGCUCCAGUUCAGAAGAGAGUGAAGAGGAGGUUUCUCCUUUGCCAUCCAGUCUCCCAAUCAUAAAGAAUAAUGGACAGGUCUAUACUUAUCCAGAUGGCAAGUCUGGCAUGGCUACAUGCGAGAUGUGUGGAAUGGUUGGUGUCCGUGACGCUUUUUACUCUAAAACAAAACGCUUUUGCAGUGUGUCGUGCUCUAGAAGCUACUCAUCGAACUCCAAGAAGGCCAGCAUUCUGGCCAGACUUCAGGUAGCGGGUAAACCUCCAACAAAGAAGGCUAAAGUUCUACAAAAACAACCUUUAGUGGCUAAAUUAGCAGCAUACGCUCAGUACCAAGCAACUUUACAAAACCAGGCAAAGACUAAAGCAGCUGUCCCUGUGGAAGGCUUCAGCUGGGGUAACUACAUCAAUAGCAAUAGCUUUACAGCAGCUCCUGUUACCUGCUUUAAACACGCACCUAUGGGGACAUGCUGGGGUGACAUCUCAGAAGGAGUGCGAGUGGAGGUUCCAAACACUGACUGCAGCCUACCUACCAAAGUCUUCUGGAUAGCUGGAAUUGUAAAAUUAGCAGGCUACAAUGCUCUGCUAAGAUACGAAGGCUUUGAAAAUGACUCAAGUCUUGACUUCUGGUGCAAUGUUUGUGGAUCUGACAUCCACCCAGUUGGUUGGUGUGCAACCAGUGGGAAGCCUUUAGUCCCUCCUCGAACCAUCCAACACAAAUACACAAACUGGAAAGCUUUUCUAGUGAAACGACUUACUGGUGCCAAAACACUUCCUCCUGACUUUUCUCAGAAGGUGUCAGAGAGCAUGCAGUACCCCUUCAAAACUUCCAUGCGAGUAGAAGUCGUUGACAAAACGCACCUUUGUCGAACAAGGGUAGCGGUUGUGGAAAGUGUCAUUGGGGGACGGUUACGGUUGGUGUAUGAAGAGAGUGAAGACAAAACUGAUGACUUCUGGUGCCAUAUGUACAGUCCGCUCAUUCAUCAUAUCGGUUGGUCUCGAAGUAUAGGACACAGAUUUAAAAGAUCUGAUCUUACAAAGAAACAGGAGGGACAUUUUGAUGCACCCCCACACUUAUUUAUGAAGGUAAAAGAGGUUGACGCAGCUGGAGAAUGGUUUAAAGAGGGAAUGAAAUUGGAAGCUAUAGACCCCUUAAACCUUUCAGCAAUAUGUGUGGCAACUAUUAGAAAGGUUUUAGCAGAUGGCUAUCUUAUGAUUGGGAUUGAUGGCUCAGAAGCAGCAGAUGGCUCUGAUUGGUUUUGUUACCAUGCCACUUCCCCUUCUAUUUUCCCUGUUGGUUUCUGUGAAAUUAACAUGAUUGAACUAACUCCACCCAGAGGUUAUGCAAAACUCCCUUUUAAAUGGUUUGACUACCUCAGGGAAACGGACUCAAUAGCAGCACCUGUAAAGCUCUUCAAUAAGGAAGUUCCAAACCACGGGUUUCACGUAGGAAUGAAACUAGAGGCGGUUGAUCUGAUGGAACCUCGCCUGGUAUGUGUGGCCACAGUAACUCGCAUCAUCCAUCGGCUUUUGAGGAUACACUUCGAUGGGUGGGAGGAUGAAUAUGAUCAGUGGGUGGAUUGCGAGUCCCCAGACCUGUAUCCAGUGGGAUGGUGUCAGCUCACUGGGUACCAGCUGCAGCCUCCAGCGCCACAAUCGUCAAGAGAUAGCCAGUCGAGUUCGUCAAAACAGAAGAAAAAAGCUAAAUCGCAACAGUACAAAGGACAUAAGAAAAUGUCUUCAUUGCAGCUGAAGGAGGAGCUGCUGGAUGGAGAGGAGUACGGGUUCCUCCAAGGAGCGUCCGACCAGGAGAGCAACGGAUCUGCCGGUUACUACAUCAAACAGGAACCGUGAGGCAGCUCCGCACUUUGGGGCAGAGCGACUCUGUGAUUCUGUGCUGGCGAUGGCAAAAGAGCCUUUUCUCCAACACCGACUGACUCAUGUUCCCACUUGGCUGGUACAGUUCAGGUGACUGUACCCGGGGCACUUUGACUGUAGACGAGUUAGACUCAGUUCAGAAUUUUUUGGAAGGGCGGGGAAACUAUUUUAGUGACAAAGAUUUUUUCAAUUUAUUAAAAAAAAAAAAAACAAAUGGACACUUUUGUGUUGUAUUUGAAGCUUUUGAAAGAAUUUUGUAAUAUUUUCAAGUUCAGAUUUAUUGUGCAUUGUUAACAAGAACUGAAAUUCUAAUUUUUUGGUAAGAUUAAAGUUUAAUUAGCAUGAUUGUGGGAAGCGGUUGGAGGAAGAUAUAGUUGCAAAUACAAAUGAACUGUCAUAACAAAUGAACCUUUUUGGUACAAGUUGGGAGACUUUUAGACUCUUGUGAACUGCACUGGUCACGCCUCUGUUUUUUUUUAUUGUGAAAAUAAGGCAUUUAGGCCCUAAUUUAGAGGCAUAAAUGGUAUGUGGAAGAUAGUCCUGUAAAGCUCUACUCAGUGAGUAGCCCCAAUUGCAACGGAGCCAUCACCUGAGGAAGAUUUUAACUUUUCAAGAUGUUUUUAUUUAGUUUAAAAUACUUUUUUUAUAUAUAUAUUUUUUCUUUUUUAAAGUUCCUUAGGGUCUGAUUCAGUGCCCAUUAACAUCGGCCGCCUUGUCUGCAUUGACUGCAGUGGGCAUUGGAUUGGGACUGAAAAGCUCUUGUCUGUCCAUGACUCUCUGUGCUCUUGGGAGGCUCCAGCAAACGCCUACAGAGCCCUGCGCCAAACUGGAAUUCAGGGAACUCCCCUCUUGGAAGAGUCAUUUUAGCUACCAACAGUAGCUCGGACCUCCCUUGGUCAUGGGAAGGUAUUUCUGAGCAUUCUUCUAUUUUUUGCUGUUCAGAAAGACCUAGGUGUUUCCUUACCAUCUGAAAUCCUCCAAACAUUCAAAACUGAUGUUCCACAUGGUUUCAGGUGAGCUAAAAGGAGCCAUACGUGGUGGAUUACAAGUAAUGGUUUGGUUCUGCACAGCCUGCAAUAUUCUUUUCUUGCUGCAAUAGUGUGAAAUGGAAGUUGAGACUUGAGAACAGUAUAUACAUCAUAUACUGUCUAGUGUAUAACUCAAACUGGAUUUGUUUAUUGUCUGCAAUCCCUGUGUCUCACUUCAAGCAUCCUAUUAUUAGCCCCAUUUGCUUAACUGUCCAGAUUUUUUAAAGGCAAAAGUCAUGUAAAAGAGUGAAAAUGACUACCAGUAAAACACCAAGUAUUUUAGCAGGAACUCUUAAUAAUUUGGAUUUUAUCUUUCCAUAUUUUUAAACUUUGUGCUUUUUUGUAAACGAUGAGUUGAUGAGUAGAAGAGUCGAUGAGCCCUGCAGAGCUGUGACUGGAACAACGUGCACCAAGAGCUUUAGCUUUUACCAGUAAGGUUCAUUAACUAAACUCUCAGGAAUUAACUGCGUAUGUUCUGUAAGUGCUGCCGGGUCUUAGCAGGUCCCCCUCAGAGCAGUACAGUCAUCAUCUGACUCUUGACCAUAAAUUAGGGCUUAAAAAAAGUUAAACUGAUUAAUGUCUGUGUUCCUACAGCCUAAGAAAUGCUUUAAGGAUAUAAACCCACAGAGCCCCAGGAGACCAUUUUUGUAUAUUGUUGUUUGAGCUUAAAAAAGAAAUGCAUAGAAAGUUGAAAACCAGCAAUUUGAUUAUUUUCUAAAAUAUUGCUCUAACUUUGGGUACAUAGCAUUGGUGAUAUGCACAGGUUUACCUCAUUCUAUGCAAGAGGGGUUAGUUAUGUAAAGUUUUGUAUUUACUACUGGAAGUAACAAAUGUCCUGUAUAGUGUAGGAAUGUCUGGAAUUCUUUUUUCCCUUACUGGUAAAAUUUCUUAAAUAAUGACCCCUUCUUAACAACAACUUCUUCUAUUGACGGAAUCUGGUUAUCGGGUUAUAAGUAUCUGUAACUUCAGGUGGUAAAGACAUUUUAGCUCUCUAAAAUAGCCAUAAAAAGGACUUUGUCAGGCUUGGUAGACUUCAAAUACAUUCUCUUGGAUUGUGACCCACCCAUGUUUCUUUUGAACAGCCUGGAUUGGAGAAGUAGCAUUAGAGACCAUUAUAAUGACACUUUGAGCCUUGAUUAUUUUUUUCCUGUGUUUUCCAUUUAACUCGCUGUAAAAUCCAGCUCUGCAAGCAUUGAUUUGGUUUGGUAAGUACAUCACUACUGGAUUUUUUCUUUAAUGCAACAACUUGCAGAUUGUCCCAGUGAACCGAAACAAGGUGGGCACAGUCGUAAUUUCUUCUCUCAUCAAUAGUUCCUGAAUUCAUUAGAAAAAACUGUUGUGUUCGUGUUUCAUAAUGUGAAAAUCUGGGCUAGUGAUGGGCAAGGUGUGUUGCCAAGCUGUGAAACCUCAGGCUCCUGUGCUUUGCCCAGACUCAGAACGUUGUUUUUCAGUCAUACCUGAUUUCCGAGUUAUAGUCAAGAGGCAAAUUAGCACUUAAGUUGAACACGCUUGCUGUGUUGGAGAAAUGUAAGAAUCAGAUUUAAAGUCUGUCAGUCUUUAUAAUGUUCUUAAAAAAAAAAAAACAUGUAUUUUAUUCCUUAAACACUAAAGUCUGUGAGUCAACUUGCAUUCUCAGACACACAUGUGACUUGUGUGAAAUUUCUCUUGUGUUUCUGAAUUCAAACUAUACCUAAAUUGUAUAAUUGUCAAGCGCAGUGAAAUCCGUCCUAAGCAAACCGUGUGCUUAGCGGAGGUUUAAGGAAAACCUGAGCAAAAUUCUAGGUGUAUUUGGAGGGGUCUCUUUGCAGAGUGGGCACCUCCGGGCCGGGGUGUCUGCGGGGGCUUCGCUGUGUUUGUGAAGCGCGGGUUGGUGAGGCGGCUCGAGGCACCGGCACCGCACGUUCCUGAGCCGCGUUCCUUGGCUAAACGAGCAGCAAACGCUGGACACCUGGAGUCCUCAACGGGGUCCAACUCACUCCAGGAUUUGGCAAAACAGGUUUUUAUAACCGUAAGGUGGCGCAGGUUGCGUACCUGACUCUGCGGCUUCUUUUACUGCCCCAAAUCUCUCUGCCGAUCUUUGAUUUUUUUUAUGUUAUUUUAAAUACAACUCGUUAACCUUUCCCUUGCUGCGUCUGAGGAAAGCAAAGCAGUUACCGAUUCCUUGUUCUACGGAUACUAACACGGGUUUCAGUGUUUGUUUGUUGGUUUUUUUAAUUGUUGUUUUAUGUGAUGUGAAUACCCUCUCCUGUCAAUAUUUGUACGAUGGUGCUAAUAUAUUUGGUAACAAUCCUUUAUUGGGAAGGGAUUUGAAAAAACUGUGACUUAAACUGAAUUUUUCUUCCUUUUAAUUUUCAUAUUUAAAACAAAAAGCCACAGCCAUUUUUACAAAAAAAAAAAAAGGCAUCUGCUUUGGCCCCUGGGAAAAUGUUGGGGCGGGAAUCAAAAUUAAAACAAAUGGGGUUUUUACAUCAUUUCUGUAUGUAUUUGAUAUAUAGAUCAAUAUCUGUACAAAUUUAAUCUUUUAUUUUCUUGGUAAUUUGUGUGGUCAAUGAGAGAGUUAUUUAAAGCUUUCUCAUGCAAUGUACAUAACUACGUGAAAAGAAAACCGCUUUUGGAGAAGUUAAUGUUACUUUCAUUUUUACGAGACUGCAGAUUUUCAGCAUGGAUGUGAAAAGCAUUAAAAUUAUAACUUUGUGUACAAGAUGAAAAUAAUUCACUAAAUCUGCCUUUUUUUACACAAAAUAAAAAAAGAUAAAAAGUC